UUCGGCGAUGCUGACGAAGAUACCGGCGAAACUAAACAGUCUCAAAAUUAUAUCCAUAUACGGAUCCAGCAGUGCAAUGGUCGUAAGACCCUAACUACAGUCCAGGGUCUUCACAGUGCAUUCGAUCAGAAGAAGAUAUUGAAGGUGUUCAAGAAGGAUUUCGCUUGCAAUGGCACCAUCGUCGAAGACACUACAAUGGGCUCUGUGAUUCAGUUGCAGGGAGACCAGCGGAAAGCUGUUCAGGAGUUCUUGAUUGACAAGGAAGAAGGUCUUGAGCUAGAUGCUGAGACUAUUAAGGUCCAUGGGUUCUAG